ACGAAAAAAUGCAUUGAUUUUACCGUAAAAGAAAUUAACUUUUCAUCCCGGAAAAAAUAUUUACAAAAAUAACGCUGCAUCACAUGCAUGACCAAAUGAAAAUACCAUGACUCGCUUACUUGAUUUUGAGAGCGAGCGGCGUACCGCUAGUGUCCGAGGUGCACAGCUUGGUCCCCAAUCAUUGCCCUUGCGCGUCAGAGGAGUGAUUGGUGCAGAAGCCGAAGGAAAUAAAGAGCGUGCUGUCUAUGCUAACAGCCUGUGGUACAAUCCAGUCAAAUGGGUCAGUGCUGGCCAUUACGCAAUAACGGAACGGUCCAGUUCAUUCAACGCUGGCAAUCCGAGACAAAGAUCAAAACACAGAACCUACUAUCAUGGGUGUAGGGUAGAUCCGAAACAAUGUGCUUCUUCAGGGGAUGAUCCAGCUGGAGGAGGGGAGCAGACCCCUUCCCCUUCAUCCCCAAGUAGAAGCACACCUCAAGACAAGGAAAACAUCGAACCCACCAUGACCUCUCGUCGAGCUGCUCUUGUAGGAGCUGGAGGAAUACUGACGGGAGCAGGGUUUUCUUCUUCAUCUUCUUCCCAUCAUUUGAGUAGAACACAUCAUUUUGAUGCAGAGGCAAGAGGCGAAGAAAAGUCAACGCUUAGAGGCUAUAGUCCUGUAAAGCCGCGAGAAGUGCCACAUCUAGGACCUUGUCCUGCACAGACAGAAGGAUUGACUGUAUAAGUACAUUCCUUAUAAUUUACUCUAGUAGGAUCCCUAUACUCAUUUUGUGUUGUAUGAUGAGGCUUCUCGUUCCCAGACAUAUUCCUGUUUGUUGAUUCUCCACAACAAAUCACAGUGGCACGAGCACGAGAAGUCUUCGCCUCCUGCCACCCCAUCACGACACGAAAACGAAAAAGAGACUGGAGGUGCUCUCCACUACACGCCUAUGGAGAAUCUCUUUCCGGCAAAGGGGAACCCCGAAAAUCGGUUCCGUGACCUGAGCGACAAUCACCAGAAGAUAAUAGCAACUAGAAUACACGAAUUAGAGGGACAGGAAGGAGGAAGGGAAAGUCGGAGCACGAAUUUUAUGAUAGGUUGUAGACAUUUCUACUUGACCCUGCUCACGUGAAAGCUAGAUCAAAAGACGCGGAUACCAGUAAAGCUCCCAGUCGUGCUGAUUAGUCGCACAUUAAAAAUUUUUCGCUCCUUUCUGAGCCCAUAAUGAUUUACGUAGACAGGCAUGGAGUGUGUCUUCUAAUCCUCACGAGCGAUACGGCAGAGAGUCCGUGAUGUCCGGAACAAAUUACUAUGAGAGCAACAGGCCAAGGGAUGUAGUCUCGCCUUCUUCUCACGCAAGUGGUUCAAACAGAGCUUCAAAUCCUCAAGGUACUACUAGUAGACCUCGGAGCAACACUAACAUUAAGGGUACAAGAAAUUGAUCGUCACUGUCAUCUUGGUCCCGUUUUGAGGGAAAAGGAGACCCAAGAUGCUGCUGAAGAUGGAUCUCCAUUAGUUCUAAUAAUAGGACUAGGGAAAGCAUGUCGACCAUAUCUUCUGGGCACCUGCAUAGACAAGCAGGACCCGGACCAGGACAAUUAUCUCACACAAGGGGAAGAAACUCAAGUCAAAGAACGAAUGUUGCGGGAGGGGGGCUUUCACCACGGUCUACGAUCGACCUAGACGCGACGCACGGUGUGUACGAGGAUUUAAUCGGAAGGCAGAUGGAAAGUACUUCCAGCCUAGUAGAAACAUUUAGCACUCCUGAUGUCUGGAAUGAGAUUGAGACCUCGCAGUGCUUCACAUGAUUUUUUGUCGCAGAUAACAGACAACUGAUCCUCGACUAGAAACUAAAACAAACAGCCAGUUCAUGUGAUCACACAAUCAAGCAAGAAUGCUUGAAACUCGACUUUAUCCCCACAAGCACAAAUCACUCAAGGUCGCAGAAGAUCACCAGUGUCGAACAGACUGACAAACUCUUUUCGUCCUCGAGACCGGGUUUCGGCAAUAGAAAGUGGAUAUGAAAUAUCGACAAGGCUUGCGGCGUUAGCUGUACCACGAUCGGUACAGGAGAAAUAUCAAGGAAAGAACGACCGGAGCUGGGUGCCGCCAGGUAGUAUGAUUGGACACUUAGUAGGGAUGAAGACGUUCCUGCCGACAGGGCCGUAACAAGUGAUUACUACAAAUUCAACCUAAAUGGUAUAUAUAAUACAGUAACAAUUUCCAAAAGCAUACCUACUUAGCUUUUAUCCCUCUUAGUAGGUCGCCUUGACUUCUUUGUUCUUGCCCCAACGCAGGUCGCAAAAUCACUGUUUUUGCAAAGAAUGGAGAGGUUUUCGAAAGUGGCGUAGAAGGUGGCUUUCCUCAGGGUAGCAGUUUUUUGCCGCAAAGUGCUAGAUCUGCCUCUCCGCGAACAUUCACCAGUGCCCCACGAUCCUUUGUCUUAAGGCUAUUAUAGCAUGAGUCAUCCUUACUCCAUAGAAGUAGAUAACUCGCCUCAAAUGCUUCUUGAUCCGAAUUGUAUGUAGUCCAACUUCUUCAAUGAUACAAUGUUCUCGAAAAAGUUGAAGAACACACCCACAAGGUAUUCAAGCGGAUACCAUUUGUAAGCCAUAGACCGACUCAGAUAGAAGUACUAGUAGAAGACAACAAGAAAUAAUUGGGGCACAAGUUCUAAUCACAAGUGCAACUAGGUCGCGCGCUGCUGCGAAUGCUCCGAAAAGGUCAGAAGUAGUGAUAGCGUCUUCCAGUCCUCCACAACGAAGCUCCAAGAGGGUUGUCAACACCUCAAAUGCGCCAUCACCAAGGUAAUUUUACGUGCGAACAGUCUUCCAGAUUUUCCUCUAACUUGUAAGCCUAAAGUAAGAUUGGAAUUGGAUCUCGCGUUAUUUGUAAUGUACCUUAUGUUCGGAAAAAAGACGAUGUUCUCAAUAAAGUAAUUAUACAUAUAAUUACAGUAAUUCACUGGAUUGGAAGUAGAGGAAAAGUGGGCUCAGAUACUUACCAUUCGCAUUCCCUCUUCUCUCACACAAGGUUCAGUUCCCGUCAGCCUGCAAGUUUCAAAUCGGGUAACAAGUUGGUGCCUCCUAGCGUUGCCGCAAGCGCCCUAUGGAAUCCAAUGUCGGCGCCUAAGCACCGGACUCCGCGAACUCCGACGACUGCAGCAUCGAGCACUGGGAGACUGUAUGACAUUGUGUCUCUUGUUGUGGAUUAAUUAUGUUAGUGUCUUAUGAGUGAUGUUGUGCAUCUGCAAGGCAAGUAAAGGAAGAACAAUUUGAACUUGAGUUAUUUUAUCGCAUUAGAGCUCUGAGCUCUCUUAGAUACUUAUUAUACACAAGAACACCAUCCACCUUCAGGUCCCGAGGUGUGUCCCCCUCACCAACACAUGCGUUCGCAUCGGGUAUUGCGUCAGGCAGAUCGAUGGGCCAUCUUGGCAUGGCAUUUUAGACCCUUGCUCGUAUUUUCCGCGAUGUUCACUCCCAUAUCGUCAUGUUUACGUCAUGUUUACGCCUUCCACUUCCUUAUGAUUCAAGGCUACGCUGAGCCUCUUGAGUUUUCAACACCAAAGACUCAAGUUCGUUUAGCGCCACUCGUAUAAUUUUUUGGACAUCAACCCCAGACUUGUCUGGAUAUUUUGGAACACUGACUAUAGUAAUAAUGGAUAACGCCACUUAUUGCGCCACUUAAUAUAUUUUGCAUUGCACCAGGUUAAAUUGAACUUCUAGAAGAGAUCUCUCGAAGAGAACGCACUACUGACGGACUCUCCAAUGCGCCUUGAUAAAAUGAACCACCACUUGUUGUAUCCACUUCCAUAUCUAUCCUAAGGGAAUAAUACUCCCCCAUAUGUACUUUUCUAGGAUGCAGCACUUGAAAGAAGAUAAUUGCGGAGGACAGCUCUAAUUCUUGUUGUUAGACUUGGUCCUUGAUAAUCCAUGUCCUCCCCCUACAUUUUACCAAUGUCCUCACCUAGGUCCAGGACCUGUAGUUUUCUAAAUUAAUCCUUCCUAUUUGACCUUGAAUUUGACCAAAGAUAAUUGACCUAAAAAAUGCUGAUUCCUUCGCUCCUUCUCUUACCAGGUAUUUUGAAACUCAACAUCAUCGAUAAAUACUUACAUUUCUCUUGGGGCUGAUGUCAAGAAUGACUCCUAACAAUUGAUGUACCACAGACUAUCUCCGAAUAGAAGAUCCCUGCGUUAUGCUUACUAUCUGACUCUAUCUAACCAAAUGCUGUUUAAUGAUUUUCCGACUAUGAAAUUUUCUAUCCGCAGGAAAAUGUUGUUACUUUUGACUUUUGGUGCUCGACUAACAUAUGAUGUGAUCGUUGAAUGGCAUGCAUGCUCGAUGAAGUCUUGUCAUAUUCUUAUUGUGAUGGAUGAAUAGGGUCGUUUUUCAAAGCAUUCGUGUAGUAAUGUCUAAUUAUGUCAUAGGUGCAUCUACUCUAAUUUGUUGCAUAAUGUUGGCUUUUGAACAUGACACGACAGAGCUCUAAUGAUUUAGGUGCUGCAUUGUCUCUUGAUGAUGACCAAUAAAUGUCCAGAUAGUACUCUUUUGGCUCUUCAGCAGCCAAUGAAGCUUGCUAGUUUUUCUGGCGGGCCCCCACCUAACCUAAGCUAACGUACUCUACGAUGACAACGAUUGACCACGAACAAUAUCCAUGAACCUUUCUCCACAAACAAAAAUUUGCGAAAAAACGUUAUUGCUACUUAUGAGCCGUCGACUAAUAUGCCCGUGGGGCUUGGGUUCUAGCUUUUCUGCGGCGAUGGCCGUCGUGCUUCAUCGUCUAGCAUUUUCAGGUGCCUGG